CCUUUCCUCUUUCUCCCCGCAAGUAAUCACAAGAAGCCCCACUCUCAAGGUUUUGAAAACUGCUCUUAUGAGAGGGAGAGGAGAGAGAGAGGGGUUUAGCGGGAAAUUGAGGAAGAAGGCGCUCUGAGCUAAUUUUCCCAAAUUUGCCGGGAAGCCCCUACAAUUUACCCGGAUUCACCAUCCCCGUCCCUCCCUCCGUCCUCAACCUCACCUCCUCCAUUGCUCCCCACAGUGAGCUGAGCUCCCAAUUGUGGAGGGCUGAGCCAAAGCCACUUCGCUCUUAUGAGUCGUCUAGGGUUUAAGUGUGUGGUGUAUCACGGUGAGACGUGCCUCGGGGAGCUGGACGCCAUUCCGGUCUCCGACCAGGGCUUCCAAUUCCCGGGCAACGAGAUUCGGAUCCACCACAUCUCGCCGCACAGCGAGCGCUGCCCUCCCCUCUCCGUCCUCCAGACGAUCUCAUCCUUCUCGGUCCGCUGCAAGCUUGAGUCCUCCUUCCCCGGCGAGCAGUCCCAUUUGAUCAACCUCCACGCGUCCUGCUUCUAUGAAUGCAAGACGGCGGUUGUGGUGCUUGGGGAUGAAGAAAUUCACUUGGUGGCGAUGCCGAGCAAGCAGAAGAAGUUCCCAUGCUUUUGGUGCUACUCUGUUCCCAUGGGCCUCUAUAAUUCCUCACUGGCAUUGCUUAACCUCCGCUGCCUCGCCAUUGUGUUCGAUCUCGAUGAGACGCUCAUUGUUGCUAACACUAUGAAAUCCUUCGAGGAUAGAAUCGAGACUCUUCGGGGUUGGCUGGCCCGCGAAACCGAUCCGGUAAGGAUAUCGGGGAUGUCGGGGGAACUAAAGCGGUAUGCUGAUGAUCGGGCGCUGUUGAAGCAGUAUGCAGAGAAUGAUUAUGUGGUCGAUAAUGGGAAGAUGUUCAGGGUUCAGAUGGAGGAGGUUCCUCAGCUUUCAGAAAGCCACGAGAAAGUUGUUAGACCAAUAAUUAGAUUGCAAGAGAAGGGCAUUGUAAUUACUCGCAUCAAUCCCGAGAUUCGUGAUACUAGUGUGCUUGUGAGAUUGCGGCCUGCUUGGGAGGAUUUGAGGAGUUACUUAACUGCAAAAGGACGUAAAAGGUUUGAAGUUUAUGUAUGCACAAUGGCUGAGAGAGACUAUGCUUUGGAGAUUUGGAGACUUCUUGAUCCAGAGGCACACUUAAUUAGUUCAAGACAACUUCUGGACCGGGUUGUUUGUGUCAAAUCUGGUUCGAGAAAGUCACUACAAAACGUGUUCCAACAAGGCACGUGCCACCCUAAAAUGGCGAUGGUGAUCGAUGAUCGAUCGAAGGUCUGGGAAGACAGGGAUCAGCCACAAGUGCAUGUGGUCCCUCCAUUUACUCCGUAUUAUGCUCCUCAAGCAGAGACAGCAAACGCUGUUCCAGUGCUCUGUGUGGCAAGGAAUGUUGCAUGCAAUGUCAGAGGUUAUUUUUUCAAGGAAUUUGAUGAGAACCUAUUAAGGAAAAUAUCUGAUAUUUUUUAUGAAGAUGAUGUGGUUAAUUUGCCCACCGCUCCUGAUGUGAGCAAUUACUUGAUGUUUGAGGAGACUGCUCAACCUAAUGGCACUGCAAAUGCCCCAAUUACUGAGGGAAUGCAUGGUGCAGAAAUUGACCGGAGACUUAACCAAGCGGUUGCUGAUACCACUACAAAUGGUUCUGAGUUAAGACCUGAAAUUUCUCAGCCAUCUGCUCCAGUAAAUCCUACUGCCAUUGGGCCCGCAACUUCAAGAACUCUAAUCCCAUCUCAGAAACCUAGUUUGCUUGGAACUCCUGCCCGGCAAGAUUUCAGCUUUCCUGAUAAGGACCAAGACUUGAAAAAAAGACUCCUUAAUGUGAAGCAUGGUGCAGAUUUGAGGAACUCAAGCGAACCACCUCUUCUAUCUAGACCCCCAGUUGUACCACUCGUGGCAAUUCCCCAUCAUGGGAGUGCCAUGGUAGAAGAAGAUGCUAACAGAGCAAAUCUAAAUAGUCGACCAUCUGUUGUCCCUCAAGAUUCUGAUGUAUCAAAGUGUGACAAGCAAAGAAUUUAUCAGAAUCCAUUUGGUCAUAGCAUCUCAAGUUCUAGUUCCCCUUGUCCACCCUCAACUGCAUCCCAGGUGAAGACUGAAGAGGCAUAUGCUGGACACGAUCAGCAAAAACCUUGUGUGUCUUCAGGAAGUCAGGCUUCUGAGGCUGGUAUUUCUCAGAAUCAUGUGCAUUCUAGAGACAGAGAAGCUCAAAUUGAAGCUGGAAGAGUGAACCUGCUAACAUCCUCCAUGUCCAUCAGUGCGUUGCAAGAAAUUGGACGAAGGUGCAGCUCCAAGGUUGAGUUCCGAUCAGUUCUUAGCACGAGCAAGGAUCUGCAAUUUUCUGUCGAGGUUUUAUUUACUGGUGAGAAGAUAGGUGUUGGAAUGGGUAAGACAAGAAAGGAUGCUCAACAACAAGCAGCUUUGGUUGCUCUCCACAGCUUGGCAGAGAAGUAUGUCAAUUAUGCUACUACCUGUUCUGGAGCUGCGGAUGGGAAUGCUGAUAAGCUUCCUUUACAAAAUGAAAACGGAUUUCUGUGGGAUGUCAUUGGUUCCGAAUCUCGGGAACUGCCCAGAGAAGAUGGGAUGGGCAAAGAGAGCGUCCCAGUGGGAGGAGAUUUUCAUGGAUCUUCCGCUACCUGAUCAUUACAUCUUUUAGACAAAUAUUUUUGCUCGGUUCAAGGAUAUGCCUUGGCAUGAGAAGUUUGCAUUACUGCUGGUGGUUUUGCAGACGCAUCUCCUCUUAUGGAUUUUGAUUCCAGCAGGACUUGGAAUAUGAUAUCUGAAGGGGAGUGAGACGAGAUCCUCUCUGCUGCAUGUGCCCUUCGCUGUCCUUGUUCGUUUUGUGUCAAUAGAAUAUGAUGCGGAGGUGAUUGCAUGGUUGGCUCCCUAAUGCCUACCAUGCUCAAAGCAGCAGCAGAAUGACAGGAUAUUGAAGCUAGAUCUGGUUUGUAUCUGUGCUGUACUGUUUUGAAGUCCAAACAACACGGCUGUUCUCUUGUCCGUGGAGCCAACAUGAAAAGGGAAAUUCUGUACUCAAGAAUAAGAGAACUAUAUGCUGACAGCUUGACAUGUUGGGCGAUUCCGUUUUUCCCCAGGGAAAAACUCGCCCCAGCUAGCGUUGCAGUUGGAUGCAGAAACGGAACUACAGAAAGAAAAAUGGUAGACUAGAACAGUAGAUAGGAUUUUUGUUGUGGGGAAGGUUUACUCAGUAUUCUGUAUACUUUCAGUGUUCUUGUAAAGUCAUGCUUUGAGGAUAGCGCACAGGUACAGAGAUGUUGUGUGGAUGGCUCCGGGAGUUCGCAUGUCAAGGUUCCUCUUACUGCAAUCCGAUUUGAUUCGGCUACUUUAACUGAUUGCUUACGAGCUCCAUUUGGGGUGAUACUCAGUCAAAACACUGAAUUCCUGAGUCACGCUGCUUGAUUGUUUGA